AUGAGGCGCUCAAUGCGCAUCGCUCAGAGACCACUUCAUCACUUCCCAGAUUUCAUCAUGCCAUACGGACCCGUCGACGAGAAGGGCACGCAGCUCUACUAUGAAGAGUCGGGUUCCCUCGAAGGAGGCUACCUGACAGUCGUUCUUGUCCAUGGCACGAGCUUCCACUGA